GUCUGCUGAAUAAAAUUGAAACAAGUGGUUUUCUUUUUAUUUUUUUUUUAAAUAAAUAGAUCGUUGAUCGUUAAUAGACUUGACAGUAUAAUUUUGAUUGCUCUGAAACUGUGAUAUACUUACCUCUAGCCUGUGGUUAGAAAAUAAUAUUCAAUAGAGGAUACAAUAAAAUAUUUUAUUUUAAAUUUUAAGUUUUUCGUAUGCAAAUAAAUAAUAAUUGAGUAUUUAAAUAAGUGAAGUGAUUUGAUGCUAUAGUAUAAGAGGCGCUUCAAAUAGCUUUGCUCAAGACUACGAAAAAAGUUUUCUUUUGAGGCAUUGAUUUUGGAUUUCUUCUAAGGCUGCUUACAUAGAGCCGCCAUGGCAGAAGCCCAUUCAGCUGUAGCCUUCUCAUUUUCCAUUACUCACGAAGGAUGGGAUAUAAAUUACGAUCAAGAAGUUCUUAAUCUUGUUUGGGAUUCAGGUGUUAGAUCCUGGAAGAAACGUAUAGCUAGAGCAAGAAAUGGCAUACGAAAUGGCGUCUAUCCGGCACACAUUCAAAGUCUAUGGCUUAUAACAGCCAUAGCAAUUGGAUUACACUUUACCGGCUAUAAUGCGCCUUUUAACUUAACAAAUAGAAUUCUAGUCCGUCUUCCUACAAAUACUAUAAACUAUCAAUUAUUAGCGUGCUUCCUAGCUUCCCUUGUUGUUUGGCUGACAAUAUGCUUUACGAUGCGUUACACCCUCAAAUUGCUCCUAAUCUACAAAGGUUGGAUGUAUGAGUCGAGAGCACCGGGAAGUAAAAUUUCACUCAAGACAAUGCUAUGGACAGGUGUUGUAAAAGUACUUUCCAGUUGGAAUACACCUGGUCUAUACAGUUUUCAAGGUUCUCUACCACGUUUGCCAUUGCCCAGUGUACAUGAUACAAUGCAAAGAUAUCUGCGUUCAGUUCGUCCUCUGUUAGACGACGAUAACUAUAAUCGAAUGGAGAAAUUGGCUAAUGAAUUUGAGAGCACAAUUGGCAAGAAAUUGCAGCGGUACCUUGUUUUAAAGAGUUGGUGGUCGUCGAACUAUGUUUCGGAUUGGUGGGAGGAGUAUGUAUACCUUCGUGGUCGCAGUCCAUUGAUGGUUAACAGCAACUUCUAUGGAACCGACGCUAUUUUUAUGCACUUAACAAGUAAACAAGCUGCACGUGCUGCAAAUGUUGUGCAUCUGCUUUUGUCGUUUAGGCGCUUGAUCGAAAGACAAGAACUUCAACCAAUUAUGAUCCAAGGAAUGAUUCCAUUAUGCUCGUGGCAGUAUGAGCGUACUUUCAAUACUGUUCGUGUACCUGGAUUAGAGACAGAUAGAAUUAUCCAUUAUAAGGACUCGAAUCACAUUGUUGUCAUGCACAAGGGCUGCUUCUACAAAGUCAUAAUUUACUACAAGGGACGUCUAUUGAGACCUUCAGAACUUCAAGUGCAAAUGGAAGAAAUUCUCAACUCAAAUGCAACCCCACUGCCACAUGAAGACCAUCUUGCCGCCUUAACUGCAUGGCAGCGUUCCAAAUGGGCGGAAGCUCGUAACACAUACUUUGCACGUGGUGUAAAUCGUGUAUCUCUAAAUGCAAUUGAAUCAUCCGCUUUCGUAUUGUCUCUGGACGAUGAACCACUCGAGUAUGAUAAGGACGACCAUUCAAAGUUGGACAACUUCGGAAGAAGGCUAUUACAUGGCAAGGGAUACGAUAGGUGGUUUGACAAGUGCUUCACCGUUUGUGUGGGCACCAAUGGUAAAGUGGGCUUUAAUGCUGAACAUACGUGGGGGGACGCUGCUGUCGGCUCUCAUGUGUGGGAGAAUCUUAUCAUGGAUGAAAAUAUUUCGAAUGGAUAUGAUGAAGAUGGUAAUACUAAGGGAACACCUGAAUUUACUCCACCAUCACCAAUCAGAUUGAACUGGGAAUUGGAACCAUGCAAGGAGAAGAUCGAAGAAGCUACAGCUGAUGCUACAAAGCUUUUGAAUGAUGUCGACUUGAGAAUUCUUGUCCACAAUGAAUACGGCAAAGGAUUUAUGAAGAAAUGUCGCAUUUCCCCAGAUGCUUACAUUCAAAUGGCUCUCCAAUUAGCCUACUACCGCGACGCUAAACGUUUCUCUCUCACAUACGAAGCUUCAAUGACAAGACUCUUCCGUGAGGGUCGAACAGAAACCGUUCGUCCAUGCACGAUUGAAUCAAGUGCGUGGGUUAAGGCAAUGGAAAGUGGCCAAAAAACGAAUAAGGAAUGCGUUGAGUUGCUACUUAAGGCGUGUAAUCGCCAUCAAUUGGGUUAUCAAGAUGCUAUGUCAGGUCGUGGAAUCGAUAGGCAUCUGUUUUGUUUAUAUGUUGUCUCAAAGUACCUUGAAGUAGAUUCUCCAUUCUUAAACGAAGUUCUCAGCGAACCUUGGCGUCUGUCCACUAGUCAAACCCCUCACGGACAGACACCUAAGAUGGAUCUGAAGAAACAUCCAAAUUGUAUUAGUGCCGGUGGUGGAUUUGGACCUGUUGCAGAUGAUGGCUAUGGUGUCUCAUACAUCAUUGCUGGUGAAGAUUUAAUUUUCUUCCAUAUUUCCGCUAAGAAAAGCUGUGGAACAACGAGUGCACAUAGAUUUGGUGAAAAUAUUCGUAAAGCUCUUGCUGAUAUGCGCGUUAUGUUCGAGCAACACCUUAAGGACAAUCCAAAAAAAGUAAAUGGAGCUAUCAAACAGUAGGAAUAACUUCUACUGGCCGAUCACAUAA